AUGCGCACUGAUCAUCAGGGCACUGAUGAUCAGUGUAGCCCCAGCAGUGCCACCUGUCAGUGUCCAUCAAUGCCAGCUGUCAGUGCUUAUCAGUGCCACCUUGCCUACCAGUGCACAUCAAUGCAACAUAUCAGUGCCCAUCUGAGCUGCCUUUCAGUGUCACCUAUCAGUGCCACCUAUCAGUGCCAGUCAGUACCGCCUAUCAGUACCAUAUAUGAGUACUGCCUUUCAGUGCCCAUCAGUGAUGCUUGUUAAUGCCCAUCAGUACCACCUACCAGUGCCUCCUCAUCAGUGCCACCUAUCAGUGCCCAUCACUGCAGCCUCAGCGCAUAUCAGUGAAGGAGAAAAAUCAGUUUAGCAAAAAAUAA